AUGACAAUUGGUGCAUUCGCUUUUAGAGAUCUAUGUGUUAAGAAAGGUGGUGAGUGUGUGUCAAAUUCAAUCUUUGAUAUUGUAAAAACUCCUAAUGAUGUUACCACAACAACGAUUAACUACCCAUAUAAUGGCACAAUUUUCAUUGCAUCUGAAAUUGGUGGUGUGAAACUGAAAAGUGGAUUUGAAAUUGAAAGUGCAGAGGCAAUUAGACUAUUUUACUUCUUAAAAGAAGACAACCAAACUAGAAAUACCAUGUGGCUAAAGAAGUUUAUAGAGACUGCUUCCAAGAUGAAAAAAGAAGAAGGCAUGACAAUAUCUUACUUUACAUCCAUAUCAAGGGAGGAAGAGUUUGAGAAGAGCUCUGACUCAAUCAUUCCUCUCUUCUCAUUGACAUAUGCCCUGGCCAUCAAUUUUUCUAUCAUAUCUUGUUUGAGGUUGGACUGUGUGAGGAACAAGGUGUGGGUGGCAACCUUUGGUGUCCUCUCAGCUGGUAUGGCAGUGCUGUCCAGUUUUGGGUUGUUGCUGUACUGUGGGAUGCCCUUCGCCAUGACUGUGGCAACAGCUCCAUUCCUGAUUCUGGGAAUUGGUGUUGACGACAUGUUCAUCAUGAUUUCCUGCUGGCAGCAGACUCAAGUUCAUGACAACGUAGAGGACCGUAUGGCAGCUACAUACAAAGAGGCAGCUGUCUCUAUCACCAUCACAACACUAACUGAUGCCCUGGCCUUCUAUAUUGGUCUGUUAACUCCAUUUGGUUCUGUACAAUCCUUUUGUAUGUAUACUGGCACAGCUGUCCUGUUCUGUUACUUGUACAAUAUUACCUUCUUUGGUGCAUUUCUGGCAUUGAAUGGGAGUCGUGAAAAGGGCAACAGACACUGGCUGACAUGCAUGAAGGUUCCAGAACCAGAGGAGAACUCUAAAAAGUACAACCUCUGCUGUGUAGGGGGAGCUUAUGAUCAUGAAACGGGAAAAGAGGAAGUUAUGCCAAUUAACAACUUCUUUAAGAUGUACUAUGGGCCAUUUCUAACAAAGACUUGGACCAAGGUGUUUGUGAUCCUGCUCUAUGCUGGAUAUUUGGGCUCAAGUAUCUAUGGUUGCUUCCAAAUCCAAGAAGGCAUAGACCUUAAAAACCUAGCAGCUGAUAGCUCAUACGUGGGUAGCUAUUACGAUAAUGAGGACCAAUACUUUUCAGAGUAUGGUCCAAAUGUUAUGGUUGUUGUGACUGACAGUAAGUUUCAAUAUUGGGACAAAACUGCUCGAAAGCGUCUUGAUAAUUGUCUUGAACGUUUUGAGAGUCUAACGUUGGAUGGUCGAUCAUUGGUUGCAAAAAAUAUGACCCUUUCUUGGCUUAAUGAAUAUGUGAAAGUUAUAAAUCCAAAUAACGAAACCAUUUUCAUGGAUAGUUUACCUGCGUUUUUACAACGAUCAGAUUUCACACAAGAUGUGAAUAUUUCAAACAAAGUCAUAAUUGCCUCGCGUAUGUUUAUUCAGACAAUCAACGUCAGUACAGCCGUUGAUGAAAAGAACAUGUUGAAUAAGCUUCGAGAGACAGCUAAUGGUUGUUCAGAAAAGUUGGUUGUUUACCACCCUGCUUUCAUAUACUUUGACCAGUAUGCAGUCAUUGUUAGUAAUACCAUCCAAAACAUUGUGGUUGCCACUCUUGCCAUGCUGGUGAUCUCCCUCAUGUUGAUCCCCAACCCCAUAUGUUCUCUGUGGGUGACCUUUGCCAUUGCCUCUGUCAUAGUGGGUGUUGCUGGUUUCAUGGCAUUAUGGGAUGUCAAUCUAGACUCUGUAUCCAUGAUCAAUCUUGUCAUCUGCAUUGGUUUCUCAGUGGAUUUUUCUGCUCACAUUUCCUAUGCUUUUGUCUCAAGCAAAGAGGUCACUGCUAAUAAGAAGGCUGUAGAUGCUGUCUAUCACUUGGGGUAUCCCAUCAUACAGGGAGCUGUGUCUACUAUUUUAGGAGUGGUGGUGCUGUCUGCUGCUGAGAGCUACAUCUUCAGAACCUUCUUUAAGAUCAUGUUCUUGGUCAUUUUGUUUGGGGCGGUCCAUGGUAUAGUGUUUAUCCCAGUGUUUCUGACCUUCUUUGGAAUCUGCGGAGGCAAAGGCCCAACAAUUUGCCACAUAUUUUUUCGUACCGUGUCCUCGGGUCUGGAGGGUGGUGUAAUCCCAAUGGAGCACAGCCUCUACCACCUCGUGGAGUUUGGCUCAGUGAGCGCCUUAAAGAUGGUGAAGAUAGCAGAGUCUUCUCUUUGA